GACUUUAUCCACCUCAGUCCAACUUUGGCAUCUCCACAUUACAUUGUAUGCUUAGACUGUUAUCAAUUAUUAAAACCUUUGUAUUAGUCUUUGUAUUAGCUUCAAGACACUGUUUAAAAUCAUUCAUAUUUUCUUGUUGGUGUGUACGUAGCAGACUUACAUUACAUUCCCCACAGCCUCUGCCAGGGUUUUUAUUGAACUCGUUAACCAGCACUUAGGUUUUGUUUUUGGAGGUCCUCAAGACAAACUGGGGGAUCUGAUCCACACUUGGGGGAUCCUGACACAUGAGAGCAGAGGGAUUCAGAAUUUCAGGCCAAUUACCUCCUUCAAACGGAAGUAGUAGGAGGGAAAGAAAACAGAUUUUCCACAAUGGCAUAUCAUGUUUGAGCGAGUUGUGGUUCUGCAUGCGGUUCAAUAAAUUAAAGAUGACGUUCACACAUUAUUGCAGCAUUAUCAGUAGCAGCAAGAUUUGAAGCAAAACAUAGUUCUGUUAAAACAGAAAGCCGAAUGUAUUAUUUAGUCAGGGAUAUUGAACACUAGAGGAUACUCAAGAUCCCACGAACUAACUCAAGAAAAGCACUGACUGCUGCCACCAUCUUGUUGCUGACUGCCACUUCCACCAUCCUUCACCACCAGCUACCACAUCACUGAUGUUGCCAUCCAUGCUCGCACUGGACCCUAGUCGCUGCCGUGCUCCAUUGCCGCGUUAGCUGCCUCUUGACCAACCAUCAAAGUUCCCCAGUUGCCGCCAUUGCCGUCUCCAUAACCAAGCUUCUAGGACCAAAGAAGGAAAGGAAAGAAAGAGAAAAAGCAAGAAAAGAAGAAAGAAGAUGAAAGAAAGAAAGAAAGCGGUUGGAGCGGAUGAGUUCUGUUUGAGGCCUGUGAUGGUUCUUCACAAUGAAGCAGUUAAUUUCCAACGACAUUCUGUCAGUAACGAGGAUGAAGCUUGGAAAAACUACCUGGAGAAUCCACUAACUGCAGCAACAAAGGCCAUGAUGAGCAUCAAUGGUGAUGAUGAGAGCGUAGCUGCUUUGAGCUUCCUCUAUGACUAUUAUAAGGUCCCAAAGCAGGAAAGACUUAUUCUGCCCGGAAAAGUGCCUCGCCCAUGUGAAUCGAAUUUAGUAAAAAGGAGUAACACUGGAAAUGGAUUUGAAUUCGAUGACAUGACAUCUCUGGAUUGUUCUAUUCAAAGUAUGAAACUUUUGCCUGAAGAUAUCACGAUGUCAACAGAGUACCCCGAUCCAGACAAAAGAUCCCACCGGCUCCAGUCAGAUUCGAUCUUUACAGCUUCUAAAUCUCAGCCACUGUUGGAUAACUAUACCAGUAUUCCCACGGACCUAUAUGACUGCAAUCUAAUUGAUUCAUUUGAUAAUAUUUUAAUGACUCAGUUACCACAAAGGUGGGCUCCUGAGAACAAUUUCAAAGAUGCAUUUAAAGACAUGUCACCUGAGGCCUUCCUUAAUGAUUUGAUAAAACCAUCCUGUGUCGAGGAAAAUGUUACGCAUGAUAAACUGAGGGUGGAUUUUGAAUACAUGCUUGAAGCACCUAAAUCUGUCAACCAGAAACCAGGAGAGGAAUCGAUGGGUUACCUCAACAAGGGACAGUUUUACCCCAUCACAUUGAAAGCUAUGCACAGUGACAAGUGUCUGCAAUCAUCCUCAACCAAAGUUCGAAGUAUGAUCAUGGCUGUUUUUGACAAUGCAAAGACUCCGGAGGACCAAGUGAAGUAUUGGAAACACUGGCAUUCCCGACAACAUACAGUUAAGCAACGGGUCAUUGAUUUUGCAGAUUACAAAGAAAGCAACAACACAAUCAACUGUGUGGAAGAAGUGGCAUUUAAUGCUCUGUCUUUCAUCUGGGAUUCCAACAAGGAAGCAAAGGUUUACAUUGGAAUUAAUUGCCUUAGCACAGAUUUCUCCUCACAGAAGGGAGUCAAAGGCCUUCCCUUGAAUCUCCAGAUAGACACCUAUGACUGUGAAGCCAAAUCAGAAAAGCCUAUUCACCGAGCUGUCUGUCAGAUUAAAAUAUUUGUGGACAAGGGUGCUGAGAGAAAAAUGAGAGAUGAAGAGCGCAAGCAAUCGAAAAGAAAAAGCAAGUUUCCUGAUUCUACCACAGAGACCACUGAUAACAAAAGGAUUCCACUGUCAGACCACAAAGGAAGUGACACAACUUAUUUUAAACCAGUGACAGAUCUCAUUUCUCCUCCUAUUCUCUUCACCCCAGAAGCCCAUUUUCUGUAUUCACAAAGAACUGGAUUGGGGCAUUCGAUGAGUUGCGAAGUCACAAAUCCUGACAGGUUUCCAAUAAAGAGGGAUAACAAGACUCUGUACAAAGAUGAAUUGGACCCUCCAAUCAAACAAGCUAGACUUUGUGAACCAGAAAGAGUGCUGUUGUACGUGCGGAGGGAGUCAGAAGAAGUUUUUGAUGCUCUAUUGUUGAAGACGCCUGACCUUAACGGAUUGAAGAAUGCUAUUUCAGAAAAGUACGGGCUGCUUGAAGAGAGAAUUUAUAAAAUAUACAAGAACUGUAUGAAAGGAAUCUUGGUAAACAUGGAUGAUAACAUUGUGCAGCAUUAUUGUAACCAUGCUGCAUUUUUGGUGGAAAUAAAGGAUGUAAAUGGAGGCUGUCAAAUAACACUUAAAGAAGUUUAAAGAGCCUCAACAUUCAUGGACAAACUCAAAGAAACCUCAACAUUAGGAACAAACCAGUUACUGCUCUACCUCUUCCCUUUCUCUCCGUGUACAUAUGCUUUUGGCUGCUUUCGAUAUUUGAAUUCAAGAUCUUUGUGCCAAUAUUUUCUACUGACCAGGUGUAUAAAUGAGCUUAUUGAAGCCAAGCAUGAAGAACUGAACAUUUUUAAUCUACAUUCCUGUUGGAUGAAACCACUUGAAGAUUUUUUUUCUGACCUGUUUACACUGCUGGUUAAAGGACUUGUUAAAUCUCCAGUGUCAAAGUGCUAAAUGCUUUCAGCUCCACAACAUCUUAUUGACUGUUGAACUAUAUUCGUGGAAUCACUUGCCAGUUGAUGUCCAUGUAUGUGUAUUUCAACGUGCGAUAUUUUUGAAUUAUUCAUCUUUUAAUGCAAUUUACAUGUGCCAGUUGUUAUUGCAAUUUCAAUUAAUUUCACAUUUUUAGCAGAUUUUUCAGUGUGAAAUACUUACUUGAGGAAUAUCAGUCUUUUCUGGUGCUCAUGAAAUAUGUGGAAGAUUGCAUUGCUCAUUUGAAAAAGUUCAGAAAAAAAAAUUUCUUUUUGAGGGAUGUUAAUACCAAGAUAAUUAAAAAGUUGUCUUUCCUUGAAAUAUUCAUUAAGUUAAUGGUUUCAAAAUCAUAUCCUUCCCUUUCACACAUUUUGAAUCUGUGAGAUAGUUCCCUCAUGGUUCGGUCAAGGAAAUAUUCAUAUGUACUCAUUUUAAUGCCACAGAAUGAUACUGGGACCUUCUGAUAUGAUCAAGAAUUGCCAAAAUUUUUAAAAUCAUCCACAUACAGAGGUCAUGUGUGAUUUUGAAUCAUGGUGUGCUGGUAUCAUGUCAUGAUUUGCAACAUUAAAAUUAUGUACUAUGGAUACAUGUAAAAUAUUGUAUCCUGGAUUCAUUCAGCUGUCAUACACAAUGACCUGACAUCCCUCAUUUAUCAACAUCAAAUCAGGUGGCUAGAUUUAAAAUAUUAGGAGAUAUGUUAACUGCCUACUUUUUUAAAAAUCAUGUAUACAUUCUUUAUUUUUAUAGCAAAUAUUCUCUGGUAUUGACACUUGUCAAACUCAGUGCAAAAGAAGUGUUGAUUUACAUUGCGGUAAACCCUUGAUUGCUAUUGGCUCAUUGUCUUGAACUUUCGCAUUUUAACUGAGCUUCCAAAUGUAAUUAUAGGUUUCUUACAAAGUACUUAAGGUAAUGCUACAUUUCUAUGCUUGAAGAUAUGACAAAUCAGAGUGAUUCAAGAUUUUUGUCUUUCUCUAAGUAUAUUUUCCCCUCUUAAGUAAUGUAUGUGAGAAUAUUUACUUGUCAGAAAUGUCUAUUAGGUUGACACUUAGGUUGCCAUCAGUGCACAACAACAGGAAAGUAUCUUGUUAUGAAUUGUCUUGCCUCAUUUUCUAUUGACUUAUUAUAAUUGUUAUGGGGUUUGUGAAUUGUGAUACAGUGCGUUUGUCAUGUCUAUUGUAUUGUGCUCUGAAUUGUGAAGCACGUGUAUUAUAUAUAUAUAUAUAAAGAAUAAGGUUCUGGAUUAGUGGUGCUGGAAGAGCACAGCAGUUCAGGCAGCAUACGAGGAGCAGUAAAAUCGACGUUUCGGGCAAAAGCCCUUCAUCAGGACCUUUACCUUUUACCUAUAAAGAAUAAGGCUCAAGUACAAACAAUACGGUGAAGGACGUUUCAUGUAUUCUUCAUGAUACUUUUCAAACUACAGGCAUGAUCUCUGAAUUGCCAUAUAUAGUUUUGUUACCCCACUGAAAUGAAUUAGCUUCCUGGAGUAUUCUUAAUAAUAUGAUAUCUAAACUUCACUGCCAAAUUCCUGUGAAGAUUUCAAUUGAAAAAUGUAACUUUUAAAAUGAAAUUCCUGGAGUUGGUACACCUCUCUUCGAAUUAGUGAAUUGAGACUUCUACUGUGUCUGUAUGCAGGAGCUAGGACAAAUAUCACUGGCUCCAGUGUUGCUUCUAUUCUGGGUCCCAGAACUGCCCUGGGCCCAGCAAUCCCCUGAGAAUUGCAGCCCUGGUUAUUGCCCUAUGAAGUACCUCCUGUCCUGGGAUUUGUCUAUAUGCCAUUGUCAUGGCAUUCAUCUCUCACAUAUCCAUUGAGAUGCAGUUUAUUAAGGUCACAAUUGCUAAAAAUGUGCUUUUUUUCAACAUAAACUGUUUCAAAGAAAAUAAAUUUCUAUCAAACACCUGUAUAAUGCAUAAAUAAGCAGAAUUCUGUUUUUCUUCCAACUCUCCCUUACUCCUUCACUUGCUUCAUAUACAACAUAUGGAAAGGCAGUGGAUGCUUUAGUGAUAUUGAAUUUGAUGUCAGCUCAGUGCUGGGUGAUCCAACAGUUUUAAUAUUAACAAGGUCAGGGGUCAGUUAAGAAUCAACCACGUUGCUAUGGUCUGGAAUCACCAAUAACUCAGACCCUGGGUAAAGAUUGUAGAUUGACUUCCCUAAAGGACAGUAACAAACUAGAUAAAUUUUUUCAACAAUGUAGAAAUUACUUGGCCACUGAAAUCUUGCUCUUCUCCAUACCAGGUCCAUAAUUGGUGCAACGGCCACUUUUGCUUUUUGUAAAAGGAGGAACAAUAGUUUGAUGUGUCUCAAAAGAAAAUGAUGACAACAUCUGCCACAACAUUGAAAAGCCUUGAUUUUAUAUGUUUCUUAUAUUAGCAAAAUGAAUUAGUUACUUCCAUUAACACCUGCUCCACAAUUUGAUCUGGAGGGAAAUCUGCCAGCCUUGCCUGGUCUGGCCCAUGUGUGACUCCAGUUAUGUGGUUUACCCUUAACUGCUCUCUGAAAGGGUCUAGCAAGCCUCUCAGUUCAAGGGCAAUUAGGGACAAGUAAUACAUCACAGGGCUUUGCCAGUAAUGCCCACAUCCCGUGAAAAAAUAAAGGAAACUAAAAAUAUCCCCUGUACUACUCAUAGCAUCAGAUCCUAACCUUUUGGCUGGUGCUGGUCAUUGUAUUUGGGUGGAGAAAUAUUUCCUAAGGUGUUGUGAAUCUCUUUUCUCCUUCAGUACUUGGGUCACAGGCUUCCACUGCUGCACAAAAGGAAACAUUCUGUUCAUUGACUAAAGCAAAUAAUGGCAAUGACAGACAUCAGCAGUUAAAGCAUCAACAUUGGAAAUUUAAGGUCCAUGGAUGAUUACCCUUUGCUGCAUGAUGUUUAUGAGUUAAUCUUUAUUUGUGGGUAAACUACAUAUCCCAUUAAUCCUUUUGUACCAGGUACUGUGAUGUUGAAUUUACUGGAUUGUGAAUAAUGUUAGAAAAUUGCAGAUUAUACAAGUUACAAACAGAUUUUAUUAACUGGGAGACAAUUGUUAUGUGAGCAAUUUUUUUAAGUUUUAAAAAAUAAAUAAAACAUGUAAUUUAUA